UGCACUGAGCAUUUAUUAUAUCAAACCUUUGUUUUUUAACACCAACGCAGCAUAUUGAGCUGUCCUUUGAUUAUUUUAUACUUAAUUUAAAGUAUUGAAUUCCAUAAUGGGUAGCGAAUACUACGAGACUCUGGAAAUAAACAGAAAUGCAACAGAUGCAGAUAUAAAGAAGGCAUUUCGAGGGCAGGCAUUGAAGUUUCAUCCAAGCAGAAACAGAGAAAAAGGAAGCAGUGAGACGUUCCUUCAGCUGGGUGAAGCCUACGAUGUGCUGAGCGACCCUCGGAAAAAGGCAACCUAUGACAAGUUUGGUGUGGAGGGUCUCAAAGGGGGCAUCCCACCUGAGUUUGGCUGCAGCGGGGCUUGGUCAUCUAAAUAUGCCUACCAUGGGAACCCAGGCAAAACCUUCAAGGAGUUUUUUGGAGGCGACAACCCAUUUGCAGACUUCUUUACAAACGACGAACCACUUCAGUUUGGCGGCCUGCGAUCAGUAGUGGUGAAGACACAAGACUCUCACAUCGAGAGAGACAUGCAUCUGUCCCUGGAUGACCUCUACCACGGCUGCACAAAAAAGAUAAAGAUAUCUCGCAGGGUUAUGAAUGAAGAUGGAUGCACUUCCAGUAUCAAAGACAAGAUCCUGACUAUUGAUGUGAGGCCUGGAUGGAAAGAAGGCAUGAGGAUAAUUUUUGCUAAAGAAGGAGAUCAGGGACCAAACAGCAUCCCUGCUGAUAUCGUGUUCAUAGUGCAACAGAAGAGCCAUCUUCUGUUUGUGAGACAAGACAAUGACCUCAUCUACAAGGCCCAGAUCACCCUGGAGAUGGCCUUAACUGGGUUCUCUGUGGAUGUGGAGACUCUAGACAACAGGCUAAUUACUAUUCCCAUCAAUGACAUUGUACACCCUUCGUACAACAAAGUGGUGAGUGGAGAGGGAAUGCCUCGGUCCCAGGAUCCUUCUCAGAGAGGGAACCUCAUCAUUACUUUUGAAAUCCAAUUUCCUGAGAAGCUCUCCGCCGAGAGGAAGCACCUGAUCAGACAAGCUCUAACUUUAAAAGACUGAUCCUAUUCUAGUACAUGUGUUGCUAUGCUGUGUCUGAUAAAAGUAGUCAUGAGAGAGAGAAGUAUUAAGUAUAAGUAUCAUCAUUUGUACAACACUUCAGGUUGAAAUAUGCACUUGGAGGCAACAAAAAGUAAAAAAAUGUGUAGACAACACAGCUGUGCUACAACAUCUGACAGACAAUAGCGGUUACACUCGAGUGGUGUAGUUGUGAUUCGCUGCCAUCAUGGCUCGCUUCAGCUGCUCGUACGUCACAAACAUCACCACGUUCCAGGAGCCAAGGCGUAAGAAAGAUGGCAUGAACCUCAAGAGAAAAAAGAAAAACAACAUUAUUGAUUGCAAUAAGAAUAGCUGUUCAGUUAACAACCACCUCUUUACUCCUUCCUUCAUAAAUGCUUGAUUUAGAUCCUCAUUAAUCCUCUCAAUAUUGACCUCGCAGUCAGAGCAUACCCCUUAUAAAAAGCACCUGGUCCCUCUUUGCUCAUCAUGGCAGCAGCACACUUGAGGACGCUGUUGUAGUGGCCGGGUGGAGAGUUCAUAUAUCUUGUUUUGACCACAUCAACUGGAGAGGCAAUCACUGUUGUGCACAGUCCUGCUCCGAAGGCCGAUACAAAGUGGCAGGGCAGAUUAUCUGAGGAGGAGAAGAGAAGACUGAACGUUACCUCUCCAUACAGAAGAACAAUGGGGCAUUAUGUUGCACGUCAGGAUGUACUGCAGUCUUUGUUUAACCUGUGAGUGGAGUGGACUUAAGGAGUGUGUCCUUUAUGUAAUCGUACGUCACCAGUUCAGUGCAGUUCACAAUUGCAUUUCGAGCGAUGUUUGGAGCUGUACCUGUGUGAGAAUAGAAAAUAUUUAUCGUCAGAGACAAAAGGUCAUGGUUUAAAAGGAUCCUUUUAAAGGCACAACGCUAAUAGGGAUCUCAUGAUUUAAAAGAAAAAGGUGUCAGUGAAGUAGUGUGGGAUCAUUGAUAGCUGUUUUACAAAUUGACUUCAUUGCAGUCAGUUUCUGUAUGUUAGAAUUCUUUCAUUGUUCAUUGUCAAGGAGUUUUUUUAGCAGGAGACACAUUUACCUUAGAGGUUUCCUUAGCUCCAAAACAAAAGGACCCGAUGACUCUGAAUACAAGAGUCUCACCUUAAAAAUCACUGUUUCCUCCACUAAGCUCAUCAGAUUUAGGAGGUUCUGCGACCCAACCGUUAACCUUCGCUCAGGUUGUUUUUCUGAUAACUAACUCAAAUCCUUCAAAAUAGUAGAAAUGAUCAGGAUUUUUUUUUAAAGCACCUUCAAAUUCAGGCUUUAAACCGAAAAAAAGUCAAAAUACAACAGAUGCUGGCAGAGGUGGAGUAGUAGCCAAUGCAGAGAAUGAGAAUGAAGCGCGCUGUUACUUAUACUAAAUAUUUAAAAAUAAUAAUUCAAGGUAAUAAAAGAAA